AUGCCACUGCAAUUCUUAGCACGCUCGUAUGUCAUAGGCAUUUUGGACGAAGGCCUUGUACACGGGCAGCUCCAUAUUGAAGACUCGAGAGGGAAUUUUAUUUUUGGUUCCCUUCUACCCAACCGUGACCCUGUGAUCCUGGUCGUUAAAAACGACGACAUGUGGGCUCGUAUCGUCCUCUCGCUCGACAUGGGUCUGUCCGAAGCUUACAUUAAUGGUGACUUUGACAUCUCCAGUCUCAAAGGACUCUUUGAUUUAUGGUUAGACAACCGCCACACGCUCUCUGGAUUGUCGACCGUAUUCAGUAAUAUCAUCGCCUUCAUGUCUUCCAUUGCGAUCAGAGCUCUAGGACGGCAAAACCUAGUCAUGGCCCUUCAGAAUGUGGCUGUCGCUUAUGAUACCAGCAACGAAUUUUUCCAGUGCUUCUUGAGUGAGGAGAUGAUGUAUUCCUGCGCACUCUUUGGUGACGAAGAGCACGGAGUCCGGGGGGACCUCACUUCCGAAUGGAAUGAAGAUGACCUCCACAAAGCCCAAAUUCGGAAGAUACACCAUGUCCUGCGCAAGGUUCGCGCUGCUCCUGGGACUCGGCUUCUAGAAAUUGGUACUGGGUGGGGAGGGAUGGCUAUCGAGGCAGCGCGUCUUGGAUGCACUGUUGAUACAGUCACGUUGUCAGUCCCACAGAAAUCCAUGGCCGAGGAACAUGCCGCCGCCGCCGGUGUAAGCGAGCGCGUGCGCGUUCACCUACUUGACUACCGUAAGCUCCCUGCGGCAUUCGAAGGAGCAUUCGACUGUUUUGUCAGUUGCGAGAUGGUCGAGGCCGUUGGACUGAAGGAGCAUCCGACAUUCUUCAAAGUCAUCGACUGGGCGCUGAAGCCUGACAAGGGAGCUGCCGUCAUCACUGCCACCGCUCAGCCGGAGUUCCGUUACUCAGAGUUUCAAGCCGAUGAUUUUGCGCGCCACUAUCACUGGCCAAACUCGUUUCUCCCCAAUGCUACCUACUUCGCUGUGGCGGCUCAAGAGUCCGUGGAAGGGCGGCUCGUGUUGGAUAGUGUUGAAAAUCAUGCGCAGCAUUAUCCUCGUACCCUGCGCGAAUGGGAGAGACGAUUUGAGAGGAACUUCCGAGAUAAAGUUAUUAGUAGCCUCGUUGUGCAACAUCCGGAGCUCGUUGAUCCGCGAAACCUGGAAGCUUUUCGCCGCAAGUGGAUCUAUAUGUUUGAAUACGCCGCGGCGGGCUUUGCUAGAGGGUAUACCGCGCUCAAUUUCUGGGCCUUCGCUAGACCUGAAUACGUUGCUGAACAGUGUGACUGA